AAAUUAUAAGAGAACAACGAAGGAGAAAAAAAAUAAGCCCCACGUCUUCAACAAACCAAAGAACCAAUUACCAGAACUCAAAAUAAAACCAUUUCCCUUCUUUAACUUUAAACCUUAAAAACUGAAAAACAAUCUUCCAUUGUAAUUUCUUUUUCCUCUUCUCCUUCAUCACCAUUACAUUUUAUGGCCAUAAUGGCUACCCUUCAAUCCAACCAGCUCAGGCAGCUCAAAGACAUUUUCCGGAGGUUCGACAUGGAUUCCGAUGGUAGCCUAACCCAUCUAGAGCUCGCUGCCCUUCUUCGCUCUCUCGGCCUAAAACCUACCGGUGACCAACUCCACCUUCUGCUAUCUAACAUUGAUGCGAAUGGAAAUGGGUACGUAGAAUUUGAUGAAUUGGUAACUGCUAUAUUGCCAGACAUGAAUGAAGAAAUAUUGAUAAAUCAAGAACAGUUAAUGGAGGUCUUUAAAUCAUUUGACCGUGAUGGUAAUGGGUAUAUAACUGCCGCUGAACUUGCAGGAUCCAUGGCUAAAAUGGGUCAUCCUUUAUCGUAUAAAGAAUUAUCAGAAAUGAUGAGAGAGGCUGAUACAAAUGGAGAUGGUGUUAUUAGUUUUAACGAGUUUGCUAAUAUCAUGGCUAAAUCUGCCACUGAUUUUCUUGGUUUGGAUAUUGCAUGCAUAGUCGACGUAUAGCUGCUGCUGUUCUUGGGGAUGAUGAAGAAUUUGCAGAAAUGGUGAUAUUGGAUGGUGAUAAAGAGAUGGUUUACAUUGAUUCUGUUUUUUUUCUUUUUGAUUUUCUUGUGUGUGUUGAUAUGUAAUUCUUGAUGAGGGUCUGUUUCUUGAUAGGAUUUGAUUGAAGGAGGAGAGCUGUAUAAUUAAUGACCAAUAUGCAUAUAUGAAAUAAAUCAAUCACACACUUGAUUAAUAUUAUGAUUAUCUCACUUGAAUUUGUUAUUA